AUACACGUUUCAACCUCAACGCCGAUCAGUCUGCGCGAAAACUCUACCCGGUGAGGUUGCUCUCCACUCACACAAACAGUUAUUUCAUUUAAAGAUUUUUUGUUAAAGUUUUAACAACAGAAUUUAAAUAAUUAUAAUUUUUUUAAUUAUUGUAUUAUAUCAAGUACCGAAUAAUUAACAAACAAGUGAUUGUUUCAUUUUUAAUUAAAAUACAAAAAUAUCAAUGGUAAAAGGUGGACGAUAACUUAAACUUCGCAUUAAGGCGCUAAAAGUUUAUAAUUAUUGCUAAACGGAGAUUGUAAUAGAGAUAACGUUAAUAACGAUAAUCCCCGCGGAACAACGGGGUAAAAGAUACAUUAAGAGGGACAUUGAUUCUACCUAUAACAUUAAAGUUUAUUUAAAUAUCCAGACAAUGCAGAGCGAGGUGCGACAGAGACCGAUCGAGCACUCGUGCACAGAAUCAUUGCCGGAUAUUGCAGUGACCAUGGCCACUGGACAAGAAAUUCAUGAUGUCUUUAGUUUGAUCGUGGAUGAUGUCGACUCAUCGUCAAUAUUAAGUGAAACCCCCGACACGGAAGGUCUAUCAACAGAAAGCAAUAGCUCCCGCAAUUCGGCAUCACAAACACCACUGGAUAGUCCUGGUGGUCCACGAGAGAGGAUUAAACAAAUUCAGGUCGAGGCUGAAACACGUCGAGACGAAUUUGCCAGACUACUUGAAGAACACGCACAAGUUGUACGAAAAUUAAAGAUGAUGGAAGCAGAAGAGCAACUCUCAUCAUCGACUAAUAAUGUUGUUGAUCCAGCACAAGCAUGAUUUCAAAAAUUUUUUUAUUUAAACAUUUAAUGGGACCACAUCAGCUAUACCAAUUAUUAAAUAUUUAUUUAUCAUUAAUCGUUUGUAAGAUUACCGUUUUUUAUUAUUUUUAUUUUAUUUGCUGAUGACGUCCUCCAGGUAUUAGAUUUCGUGAUAAUUUAUUUAUUUAAAGUUUAAACAGUACUUAUUCCAAGCACAAAGAGUGUUUAAGAAUUUAUUAUGUUGACUCAAUAAUUUAUAAAGAAAAUUGAGAUUUAAUUUUUUUUUUUUUUUUUUUUUUUUUCUUCCCAUUGUAUUAAUAAUGUCUACUCUUGUUUCUCGAUUUGCUCUUGUAUUAUCUCUUGUGUCACCUGACAUACGACAAUAAUGAAGAAUGUGUUGAUGUUAUGCACGUGUUUAUAAAUAAAAAAUAAAAUAAUAAUUUGAUUUCAAUAAAAAUAAAAUAUAAAGAAAUAUUAAGUUUUGCAUAACAUCGGUGGCCUAAUGAUUUUUUGUACAAAAUAAAAGUAUACUAAAGGUGAUAAAGAUUUAAAUCGAGAAAUAAAACCAGGCAUUUAAAUUAAAUCUCACUAGUUAAACACAAUAGAAUUUCAUUGUAAUUAUAAACAAUAAUAAUCAUUAUUAUUAUUAAUCCAGAGUAAAAUUUGACAGCUGAUAGUAUUAUCACGAGUCAUAUGUACUGAGUGAGUUGAUCACGUUGUUAAUUAAAAAAACAUUAUCAAUUUAUAUAUCGACAGUAACAAUAAUAAUAAUAAUAAUAAUAAUAAUAAUAAAAAUAAAACUGUGUAGAAUAUAAUAUACAUAUACAUAUGUAUGUAAAGCUAUAUUUAGAUAAAUGUGAAUCCGCUUUUUAAAUAAACAAUUUUGUUUUUAUAACUAAUAUUUAAUUUUAUUAUUUUUAUUUGCGAUAUCUAUAAGAUAUUAUAUUUUAAAAUAAUACUUAAAUUAUUUGGUGCUGUAAAUUUUUUUAAGUAUUAAAUAAAUUAAAAGCUGCAAUUUAAUAAUUGCAUGAAGCAGGUAUCUUGGCAAUAAUUCUUUUAAGUGAAAAAUAAUAACUAAAAUAAAAUAAUACAUAAAUGAAGGAAGACUGGAGAGCGAGAUACAAAUAUAUUUAAAAAUUAUUUUUAGUCUUUUCGUUAUACUUAGAUUGUAUCGUGCUAAUUAAUAAAUAAUUAUUAAUAUUAAUAAAAAUAAUAUUAGUGUUAAAUAUAUGUAUAAAUCUUAGUAAUAUAAUUAUUUGAGUAAUUAUUUUUAGCGAUAUACAAUUUAUCAAUUUUGUAAUGAAGCAUUUGUAUAAAGUUAAAAAAAAAAAAUAUUGAUAGCUUUUAACAAAACAUACUAAACAUUUUUGUUUACAAAGUUUUAUUUGUACUCGUAAUUAUCAUUGUUAUUAUUUUGCUUUGUACCGAUUAGACUGUAAUGAAAAAAAAAAUUAAUGUAAGAUGUAUAAAACAAAGUAUACAAUACAAUACAUUAAAUAUCGUUAAAUAAUGUACAAUUAGAAGAAAAAUAUAUAUUUAUUUUAUUGAGUU